UGCUUUAUAAGUAGCAGAGAGAACACAAAGCUUGGCCUCAGUACGCAGGGGGGUCAGUUUGCAAGCCUGAUUAAUUAGAGAAGCACUCAAGCAGUGUUAGUUUCAGCGAGAUGGAGAAGACGAUCUUGGUGGUUUUCCUGGGCCUGUGCGUGUCACAGCUCGGUGGUUCAGUGGCCCAGCAGUGGAUACCGGCCAACGCCACGUUCUACGGAGGCAGCGACGGGUCCGGCGCAAUGGGCGGGUCUUGCGGCUACGGCGACCUGAACAAGUACAACGGCGCCGGGUACGGGACGUACACGACGGCGCUGAGCGCGACGCUCUACGGCGACGCCAAGUCGUGCGGCGCGUGCUACGCCGUCGCCUGCGACUCCUCCAAGACCGGGUGGUGCAAGCCGGGGGCGUCCCCGGUCACGGUCACGGCCACCGACUUCUGCCCGCCCAACUGGUCCGUGCCCAGCGACGGCGGCGGGUGGUGCAACCCGCCGCGGCAGCACUUCGACAUGUCGCAGCCGGCCUGGGAGGCCAUCGCCGUCUACCAGGGCGGGUUCGUGCCCGUCAAGUACGCGCGCGCGCCGUGCCGGAGGACGGGGGGGAUCCGGUUCUCCAUCAGCGGGAACGACUACUUCGAGCUGGUGCUCAUCAGCAACGUCGCCGGCAGCGGCGCCGUGUCGGCGGCGGCCGUGAAGGGAUCUAACACCGACUGGAUGCCCAUGAGCCGUAACUGGGGCUCCAACUGGCAGAGCAAUGCGUACCUCACGGGCCAGAGCCUGUCGUUCCAGGUGCAGACUGACGACGGCAGGUCCGUCACGGCGUACAAUGUCGCGCCGCCCAACUGGCAGUUCGGCAACAUGUACGAGUCCUCCGUCAACUUCUGGUAGAUCAACAUCGGCCUUGGACUAUGGGGAAUCACUUGGGCCAAAUUGGCAGGCCCUAUCCGGUACAAAAUGAUUGGCCUAGCAGAGGAAGUGAAUGGGCCAAUUUGUAGGAAACAUUAGUGUGAUCUAUACAUUGGCAAACCCCGGGCCGGGCUUCAUAAAGCCCGACGGGAAAACCUCAAGCCCGAGCCCGGCCCGGAGGCCCGAAAAAAUGACCAUUUUAUCAUCACUGUAAUUGUUUUCGGAAUAAAUAAAUGAUUUUUAUUACCUA